AAAAAUCUUUUUUUGCUUAUCAUUAUUUUUGGGUGCCUUUGUCAAAUAUUUGCUUUUCCAUUUUCACCUUCAUGCAUUGCUUUCCUUCGUCGUCCCCUCCAAGGACGACGACGGAUCUGUCUUUGCAUCCACCGAAAUAAUAAAUUUCAUCUUCUCUAUUUCCUUUGGUUUUACAGAUAUAGUUUUACCAAGGAAAAAAUGUCUUUUCUUGCGCCUUGUCAAAUUUUGGAGAUGAAUAUUAUAUCUGCCCAAGAAUUGGCGCCAGUGGCACGGUGUAUGAAAACAUAUGCGGUAGCUUGGAUUGACCCCGAGCGUAAACUAACGACUCGGGUAGACAAUACGGGCGGAACAAGCCCUACAUGGAAUGACAAGUUUGUGUUUCGCCUAGAUGAGGAAGCACUCUACGAUGGGACAUCAAUAGUUGUUAUAGAAAUCUACGCAUUGCAUUGGUUCAAAGAUAUUCAUGUUGGAACGGUACAAACGUUGAUCAGCGAUCUUGUGAACCCUUCUUCCGGUAUGAGAUUCGUUACCCUCGAGGUUCUCCGUGCGUCAGGCCGCCCUCACGGCCUCCUGAACAUUGCCGUCGGGCUCAUCGAUAACUCGGGCCAAAGCAUGCCUCUUUUGUUCGAAGAAGAUUUGAUGUUUCACAAGACAAACAUAACUUCGAAACCUGUAGGGCUUCGACGUUCCAAAAGUGAUACAAGCUCAAUGGUGGAAUCACCGAGGAAGAAGGUGACGCAACAACAAACCACCCGUGUGAGUUCUACUACAAACUCAGGUUUUGAGAAAGAUGAGUUUUCAUCUGAUUCUCAGAUGGUUGUGUAUGAGCCUGCACAAAGAAAGACGCCAAAUACAAUGUCGAGGCAAACAAAGCAUAUCGUGCAUGGGACACCGAUGAGGCCAAGGAACACGAAUGCAUAUACUCCCAAAAGGAACAGUAUUGAAUAUGGGACACCAAUGAGGUCGAGGUCGAGGCCGGUUGUAAUUACAGAGUCUGAUUUGGGACCUUCAGCCUCAGUGGUUGCCGCUCAAAUAGCAAAAGAGAAGGCUUUGACAGGGAAAGAUGCAGAGAGUACUGUGAUAAGCGUUGGCGAACGAAGCGUUGAGGGUCUCCGUUCUAAGCUAGAGAGGUGGCAAGCGAAUUUACCGGUCGUUUUAGACGUUGGUUCAAGUUAUCAACCAAGUUCUGACUACAAAACAAGCUCUAACUUCAAACCUAAAUCAAGUUACAAGCCCAAUGAAACUGUCCCACGAAAUCAACAGAUGAUUGUAGCUCCUCUUCCAAAGCAGGGUGGGAGGAACAAGAAAGGAGGAGAUAAUGGAUUGUUUUCAUGUUUUGGUAACAUUUGUGGCAUCGAGUGUUCUAUUGUUUGUGGUGGGUCUAGUGGACAAAAAGCAUCCAAGAAGAAGAAGAAAAAGAAGUGAAAAUUUUCAAAA